AUGUCCCCCAUCUUUGACCACGUAUCCCUUCCGGCACUCAAACAGUUCGAAAUAUUAGUGAAAAAGGGUCAUGAUAUGGUAUGGUUCGGACCCACAGAAUACCUCCGUCUGCACGACCUCUUCCGUCGGUCACAGUGCAGUCUAACGGUUCUCGCCCUUUCUACGCCCAUCUCCAUCGAAUCGCUCCUUAUUCCAUUGCUCGCACAAUCCCCCACUCUCCACAAGCUUGAAAUAUUCGUGAGGAAUGACAUAGCGAAGGACGUCUUCAAAGCUUUGUCUCGUGAGCGAGGAAUGGUCCCCAAUUUAAAGGAAAUAUGUAUCGCAGAGGCUCCGAAAACCCUCGCGGAAAGUUGCCUUUUGGAAAAAGCAGAUCAAUUAUAUGCAAUGAUCCUUUCAAGGUCUGAUGGAGAUGGCAGAGGUCCGUUAAAAAAACUGAGGGUAUCAUUCGACUCGUCCCGGAACAAGCAUGAAUGGAUGACUAUUCCUGUGUCGCCUGAUUCACGGUUCCGGAAUUUGCUUAGAAUGAAGGUGAAUGCGUUGAACGUAGAGGUUUUGCUGGACGGGAAAUAUUGUAUCAUUGACGGGAGGGCUCGUGUUUCCUUCUUUGGAUCUUAA